GUGAGGAAGGAGGCCAAGACAUGGCCACGAAUGCUCGAGCUGCCCCUGGCACAGUCUUCUCCGCGGGUUUCGUCGAUUAUUGAGCAUUUAUAUCACACCUCGCCCACAGAGGCUUCUUUGUUCAUCCUCAACAACGAUACCGCAUACCUACACGCAUUGCACGCUACCAGAGACGCAAACGACGAGAAACCAUGCAGAUCUCCCAGAUGUCCAUUGUCCUUCUCUCUAUCGCUUCGACCGCCUUGGCUGGGGCUGCCACAUGCGACCGCACCAAAGGAGUGUUUGGAUUUUGCCACGGCGAGGUGAACCUGCCUUGCGCCAAUAACUCACCAUGCAUUGCGGACUCAGGCCACAAUCCACCAUUGCCAUGCAAUUACGAUGUUUACAACCGCUUUCAAGCGCUCUGCUUCAACCAAUCGUAAUGACGGCGGAAUGCUACUCGAUCUGGUCGUGUUGAGGAUGUGGGUAGGGGAACUCAGCUCGGGGCAUUGUUUUGACGUUGCUGAAGGGUCAGGUCGCUGGGGAAUACGAUCGCCCAAGGUU